GUGAUUGCAUGGGAUAGAUGUAAUUUAAUUAAAUUGUAAGACCAUUUCGGUGUUAUCGUCAUCUUUCCUAUACAAAGCAUCCAACGGCUAACUCCUCCUUGCUUGGCCUGGAUAUACUUAUCUGCACCACCGCAAAAACCAAGUCUUGUUGCAGCAACAAACUCACCGGAUAAAUCAAAAUAAAAUGGGAAACCGAAGAUUCGCUCAAGUCUCCACCAGCGAUGAAGAAGAGGAGGCGCCACCAAAGGCACCGUCAUUAUUAACAAAGACAAAGCCUGUAAACAACAGCGAGAUGGAGAGGAAGAGGAAGAAGAUAGAGCUUCAAGAAGAAGAAGAAGUAGCAGUGACGAGAAGGAGAGGGAGACCGAGGAAGAAAGUAAGAGAGGAGAAAUCGGAGGAGGAAGUAGAGGUGGAAGAGGUGCCGCAGGAGGAUGCGAAGCCGGCUGGGGUAUUGACUAGGGUUUCGGGGAAAGGGAGAGGGAGGAGAACUCAUUUUGAUGCUUUCGAGUUUGAUGGGAAUCGAUAUGAGCUCGAGGAUCCUGUCCUUCUAGUUCCUGAAGAUAAAGAGCAAAAACCUUAUGUGGCAAUUAUCAAGGAUAUUUCUCAAACUAAGCACGGCAGCAUGAUGGUCACUGGGCAGUGGUUUUAUCGCCCUGAGGAAGCUGAGAGAAAAGGUGGUGGAAGCUGGCAGUCACGUGAUACUAGAGAGCUCUUUUAUAGUUUUCAUCAUGAUGAGGUUCCAGCAGAGUCUGUCAUGCACAAGUGUGUUGUGCAUUUUGUCCCAAUUCACAAACAGCUGCCAAAUCGCAAACAAUAUCCUGGCUUUAUUGUCCAGAAAGUGUAUGACACUGUGGAGAGGAAGCUUUGGAAGCUUACUGACAAGGAUUAUGAAUAUAAUAAACAGCACGGGAUUGAUCUUCUUGUUCAGAAAACUCUAUCAAGGAUGGGAGACCUUCCUGACAUUGAAAUUGAAGAUGCUCCCACUGCUGCUCCUGAACAGGAAGAUCCAGUAAAGGCAAAAAGAACUCUGAGGAGAAAGAAUGUUUCACCUCUUGAUGUGACCAGGGAGGAAGAAGCAACUGGCAGACCUGAUAAUUUAAAAGCUGAAACACCAGGAAGCUGCCCAAGUAAUGAUUCAGAAUAUCAUGCCAUCUUAGUAAAGUUUGAUGCCCUGACUGGAGAUACCCUUCGAGACAAGUGGUUGGAGCGGCUUCUUCAGAGUAUUCAAUAUAUGUGCAGUUCUCCUAACUGCACACUUGAUGAUGGUAAGCUAAAAGGUGGUUCUGAUGGUGGUGACCAUAAAAAAGAGCAGAAGUCCCAGGGAGCUGCAAAUGGAUCCGAAGAAAAUAGUGCGAAGGUUGGCAAGUCUUUUCCCUGGCUGGAUGCAGCUGUUCCUGCAGUAAGUGCUCUUGAGAAGGCCUCACAUGAUGCUCUUUCCUCUGAUUUUCAGAAAUAUAAUCAAAAGCUGCGCCAGCUAGCGUUCAACCUCAAGAAUAAUGCAUUUCUAGCCCGCCGUCUUCUAAACAAAGAGUUGGAACCCUCAAAAAUGCUGAACAUGUCACCAAAUGAGUUGAAGGAGGGUUUAACAGCUGAGGAAACUGCAAAGAAGGAGCCUGAUGAGUCAGAGCGCAUGCAGAUGACCGAUGCUCGUUGCUCAAGAUGCAGCGAGUUUAAAGUGCGACUAAGGGAUGUAAUCCAAGCAGGACAUGGAGCCCGCUACCAGCUGGAGUGCAUUGCGUGUGGCAAUUCCUGGUAUGCAUCCAGGGAUGAGGUAUCUAUGCUAUUAAUAGACACCCCGAAUUCUGCCAGAAGUGUAGGCACUGCACCAUGGGCAACUGCCAAGUUUGAUGAGGUUGAGAAGAAGCUAGUGAGUCCCUGUGAAUCUGAUAAGGCGACUGAAUUCCUUAAGAAAACAAGUGAACCAUACAUGCCCGUGUUGGAAAACCAGAGAUCAUUUAGCAAGGUCAAGGUUGAAGAGAGUUCUGAAACUCAAAAGAAUGCUGAAUAAUAAACACUGCCAGGAAUUUGCUUGAUUGUGCAGAUGUCCUUAGUGGGUUAUGCAUAGUUUUGCACAUUCCUGAAGUUCCAAGUAUAGUUAUCUAAAAAUUAACUAAGAGUUGCUGUACAGGAGUAGGAUUAUGUUAGUAAUACUUCUGACCUUAGGAGCUCUACCUGAUCACUGCAGGAUAGAAGUUAUCUGUACCUAAUGACAGCAAGUCUCGAUUUGUUCUUGAAUCAAUUUUAUAUAAAUGCAUAGUUACUGAAA